AUGGGCUCAUCACAAUCAGUCGCUAGUCAGGACUUUGCUCAAUUGAAAAAUGACCUACUAUUGAGGGCUGCUAGAGGUGAAAGAGUUGAGAGGCCUCCAUGCUGGAUUAUGCGUCAGGCGGGACGUUAUCUGCCUGAAUAUCAUGAAGUCAAGAAUGGUCGUGAUUUCUUUGAGACAUGCCGUGAUGCAGAGAUCGCUUCUGAGAUCACUAUUCAGCCGGUAAGACGUUAUGCUGGUUUGCUGGAUGCUGCUAUCAUCUUCAGUGACAUCCUUGUGAUCCCCCAAGCAAUGGGUAUGAAAGUGGAGAUGGUUGAAGGUCAUGGUCCCAGCUUCCCAGAACCUUUAAGGACUGUGGAUGAUCUCGUAAAAGUCCUAGAUUAUGAAGUUGACGUCUUGAAAGAAUUGGACUGGGCAUUUAAGGCAAUUACCUUGACGAGAAAGAAACUAGACGGCCAGGUUCCUCUAUUUGGAUUCUGCGGUGGUCCAUGGACUUUGUUGGUUUACAUGACUGAAGGUGGUGGUUCCCGUUUGUUCAGAUUUGCGAAGACAUGGAUUAACGAGCAUCCCGACUGGUCACACAAGCUGCUACAAAAGAUUACAGACGUAGCAAUUGAGUUCCUUGCUCAACAAGUUGUUGCAGGUGCUCAGAUUCUUCAAGUCUUCGAGAGUUGGGGUGGUGAGCUAUCGUCCGACGACUUCGAUGAGUUCUCCCUUCCUUACUUGAAAGAAAUUGCUGCCAAGGUUCCAAAGAGACUAGCAGAAUUGGGUGUUACAGAAAACAUACCAAUGAUUGUCUUUGCUAAGGGCUCAUGGUAUGCUUUGGACAAACUUUGUGGUGCUGGCUACAACGCCGUAUCUCUGGAUUGGUUAUGGAAUCCAAAAGAGGCUACUAAGAUCAAUGACGGUCGCGUAACCCUGCAAGGUAAUUUCGACCCUGGUGCAAUAUAUGGUACCAAUGAGAAUAUCACCAAGAAAGUCGAGAAGAUGAUAAAGGGCUUUGGUGGUGGUAAGCAGCAUUAUAUUGUAAAUUUUGGUCAUGGAACGCAUCCAUUUAUGGACACCGAGAAGAUCAGAUUUUUCCUAGAAGAAUGCCACAGAAUUGGUUCUCAAAAAUAA